AUGACAACAAAAUAUGAUAGGGCGAUUACCAUCUUUUCUCCAGACGGUCAUCUUUUUCAAGUAGAAUAUGCGCAAGAGGCAGUUAAAAAAGGUUCAACCGCAAUCGGUGUUAGAGGGAAAGACUGUGUUGUGCUGUGUGUUGAGAAAAAGGCAACAACUAAGCUUCAAAAUGACAGAACUGUUAGAAAGAUAGCUCUUUUGGAUGAUCACGUUGCAGUUGCUUUUGCAGGGCUUACUGCCGAUGCUCGUAUUUUGAUUAGCCGGAUCAGAGUAGAAUGUAAAAGCUAUAAACUUACCGUCGAAGACCCUGUUUCUCUGGAAUAUAUUGCUAGAUAUAUGGCCCAAUUAAAACAGAAGUACACUCAAAGCAAUGGUCGUCGACCUUUUGGUGUGUCAACACUAAUUUGUGGAUUUAACCAGGAUGGUACCCCUCAUCUUUAUCAGACAGACCCGUCUGGAACUCACUUUGAGUGGCUGGCCAAUGCUAUUGGAAAAAACGCAAAAGUCGCACGUGAAUUUCUUGAGAAAAACUAUACUGAAGACGCCGUUGCAGAUGAACAUGGGACCGUCAAACUCGCAGUUAAAGCGCUCAUGGAGGUUGUCCAGUCAGGGGCGAAGUACAUGGAAUUAGCUGUUAUGAGGUGGAAAACACCGUCUAAGCCAGGAGAACCGUUUGUAGAUUGGCAAAUGCUUGAGUUUGCUGAUAUUCAAAAGUAUGUUCAGGCUAUCGAAAAAGAGAGAGAGGAGGAGGCAGAAAAGAAACGUCAGAAAAAAGAAGCAGCUGCAGCUUUAUGA